CGCACCAACGAGUGCGAGCAUACCGAACGGUAAUAUUCUGAUCUGAUCUGAUCUGUACUUGUUUAAAUUGUGAUCCGUAGGCCAAUGUUGAAAAAAUCUAAAUCUUUGAGAUCCAAAUUCCUGAGACCAAGACCGACCCAUCAGUUUCGCAGUUCCAAAGUCAACAUGCUUGGAGGAUCUCCACGCUGAAUGAAGUACAUGGUUAAGAUCGCACCCCGUGCAAGCAGACAGCCUUACUAUGCUUUUCGUUCGCUAUAAAUCUUUCCUUUUCCAGCGACAACAGCGACUUGAGUAGCUGCUCGUCCCCUCGAGAGCUUGGAUAUUGAGUAAGUCUAAAGACUAAGGACAUUGUCUAUUUGUUGUGACGAUCAUGGCUUUAGAUUUAGUGUUGGUUAUCAGCAGCUUGAUGUUCAACGGUCCAAGAAGUAUAUAUAAGCAGCUACCUUCUUGCGGCCCCACUCCCAUGGCGAUUCUUUUGAUUUUACGUGACUAGCCGGGCCAAGAAAGAAGAAGAUGUGCGGAAUCGGUGCGAUCUUGGAGGACUGGGUCGAGGAUUCCGACCCAACAUCAUCAAGCUCUGUGGAGGAAGCGAUCCAGCAGCUAAAAACAGUAUUGGCCUCUGCUGAACAAACUGUCGCAAUAUCAGGAGCUACAGAGGAAGCGCACGCACCGGGUUGUAAAGACGAUGCUAACCAUCAAAAGACACAGCGGGAACGGGCUCGCUCCAACGGUGUUGCUGCAGAUGAGUCUUUACCGCAAAGGCGGCAGAUGAAAGAAGCAUCAACCGACCUCGGGAUCAUAACGAAUGAGGCGUUGGACCCGAACAGCAGCAAGAAGGAGGCGUUGCGUUCACAAUUUCUUCGUCUUUUAGCCCGCCGUGGGCCCGACCACCGAGAAAUGCUUCGGUGUGACGACUCGGUGACGAUGCUGGCAUGCGUCCUGCACAUGCGCGGCCCAACCUUGACUCCGCAGCCGGUGUUUGUGGGUGAUGCGGAGGACCAGCUCCUGGGACGACGAAACAGCUGCUCUACAGUGCCCGUGUGUACUACAAGAAAUAAAGACGGAAGUUGGUUUGCCUUCAAUGGAGAGAUCUUUGGGCUGCAUGAUGAGGCCGGUGAACAUCAGAACGAGCAGCAGGAGAUGAUCCCCGCACGGAAACUCAAAGGAGCAACAGAAUCUACCCCCUCUGAUGUUGAACGUGGAAGUGCCGGUGCAAAAAUCAACACUCUAGACGCAACGCUAUUCGCAAACGAGAUUUCGGACACAACAUGGCUGAGCAAAAGAAUUGUGGAGCUCAGGAACAACGUUGCUUCUGAUGCUUCAUCAACGACAGAGGAGCAAAAAGGCCGGCUCUUCGACGAGCUGCUUCAGAAACAAAUUCUGGAAAGAAUCCAAGGGCCGUUUGCGUUCCUCCACUACUGUGAAAGGCGACAGCGGCUUUUCUGCAUGCGGGACGGCUUGGGACGCCGAAGUCUCUGUGUGCAAGUACGGACUGGGAGGAUCGGGUGCAGCAAGUAUUUUGAUGAUCUCGAGAACAUCAAAUGUGCUGGGGAAAGAACUCACGAUGCAGACACGCAAGGCAACACAAGAAUGAGGACGACGAUUCUGGUCGGAAGUGUGUUGCCGCUGCCAGGUGACGGAGCCAGCGAUAAAGUUCUGCUUCACGCCGAAAUUCCCUGUAGUGGUGCGCUGAUCAUACAGAAUGGAAAAAGCCAUGGAAUAAACUACGCCGAGAACAAUGACAGCGGCCACGUAGUCGCCACGAAAAGCACCUUUGAAAAUGGAAAUGGAAAGGAACGCCUUGCGAGCCCAAGCCCUCCUUUCGUGCCUUUCGAAUUUCGCGAACGAUUUCACCCCGCGCUCUCCAGCCCGUUCCACAAUCUGCGAGAGGCAUUGCGGACGAAGAGUGGCUCUUGUUGUGCCCUUCCUGCACCACGGCCAGCGCUUUCUAGUGACUCCGCAUCGGUUCGUCCUCGUCCAACACUAUCAACCCGAUCGCCCUUUCAGACCGCGGCCGCUCGUCUGGAAACUGCACUGCGCAAUGCCGUCCGCAAACGGGUCCAGUUUCACGAGGAAGUGACUGUACUCUUCAGCGGAGGGUUGGACUCCACCGUGCUCGCGGCGCUGGCUGCGGACUACGUAAAGAAGGUCCGGCUGGUGAACGUCUCCUACAGCCCGACAAACUCCCCGGACCGCGUGACCUGCUUGCUGAGCUUCCGGGAUCUGAAGGCGCGAAGGAAUCAUGAUAACCCGGGUGCUGCUGGCGGGAAGUUUGACCUCGUGCUGAUGGAUUUGGCUGAAGGAGAUGAAGAGGAAGAUGGGAGAGAUCUCAUGACCCAUAAAAGCUCUUCCUCUGAUCUCACCUGUAGCGUCGACGAUACCAGACACGUGAAGGCCUUGCUGGGGCCUAGUCACAAUACUCACAUGGACUACAACAUAGGGAUGUGCCUGUGGCAGGCGGCAAGCAGACCCGAUGCGCGAGGACCGCCAGCGCCGUCAAGUCGGAAGGCAGAAGAGGAAAAGAAAAACACAACGAGGCAUUGCUAUUCCCUUCCCGACUCAGACGAACUCUUCCCGCAUUGGCACACGUUAUUUGCUCAGGCGGCGCAGCUGUUGCCGGACGAGAAGCGACCGGGCGAAAACGCGAGAAAAGAGAAACUGAAGGAGAGAGUACUGGCGGAAUUCCCGGAAGCGUGGCCUUGUUACGAACAGAAAAUGAUAGACGGAGGGGACAAUGCUCCUGCCGAUCUAGUAGUUGGGGCGUCACUGACCGACGAGCCGACGAUGCUCCAACCCGGAGCGCGCCCGGAAGCUGCCGUUCGCGUUACACGAGAUGAACACGAGGAUGACCCUAUAGCAACAUCUGGCAUCGACUGCUCUGUGUAUCGAGACCACUGGCGCCUUUGUGAUCGUGGGCGGCGACAGCCUGACACCGCUACUAGAACUGCCCCUGAGUCUGGUACUUCCAGACAAGAAUUCCAAUGUCAUCACGAAGGUAAAGAAGAUGGGUCGAGAAUAAACAAGGUCCUCCUGGUCGGUCACGGGGCGGAUGAGCUCUUCGGCGGUUACGCACGACACGUUUCCCAGUUUUUGACUCACUAUCAACUGUAAAAAUGUCUGGGUCUGGAAGAAUGCAAGAUUUGUGAUGCAGGUUUUCCAUGACCCAUGAGGUCUGGAAUGCGAGACCCAGCAUGACAGAUUUUUUGGGGUCUCUAUCAUGCCUUUCCUGCAUGAGAAACUCCCUCUCAACUUGGUCAAAAGCGGACAGCUUUUGGUACUCACGCAACACAGAUUUUUGCAUCAUUCGGAUUUAGCAUGACAAGUUCUAAUCUUCCAGACCCAGACACUUUUACAUUUGAUACUCACGGGAAGAGAGCGAUGUACGACGAGCUUCGGAAAGACCUGGAGCGCUUUUGGACCCGGAACCUAUCAAAUGUAAAAAUGUCUGGGUCUGGAAACUUGUGAUGCUGGGUGGCGUCUCAUGAUGAGGCCACAAAUGCUGGAUCAGCAUGACAAGUUUCUGAGCCUCUAGGUGUUGCUUAUUCUGCAUGACAAACUGCGUUUCUGCAUCACAGAAAGAUGGGGCUCUUGGGUAAUGUGCAUGACAGAUUCAAGAGUCAUGCCAGACAAGCAUGACAAACAUGCAUUCUUCCAGACCCAGACAUUUUUACAUUUGAUAGAACCUGGGUCGCGACGAUCGGGUGUUGGCUGACCACGGCAGGGAACCCAGACACCCAUUUCUGGAUGAGGAUGUGGUGCAGCUGGUAAGUGAGCUGGUGCAAGAAAACGAAGUCCCGGCCGCAGGGCCAGAUAAGAUGCUGCUGAGGUACAUUGCCGACAAAGUUCUGAAAUUGCCCACCUGUGCAAAACUGGACAAACGGGCCAUUCAGUUCGGGUCCGGGCUCGCAAAAAAAUCGAAUAGAGCGAAAUUUGGAUCCUCCAGAAAAGCGAAUGGGAGGGCGCAGUUCGAGUGAAGAAGGGUUCUGUAUUGUACUUCUGGAAAUUGCCGAAGUAGAUGAAAUAAGGACGCACCGCUUCUUCAUGGCCCUCAUUCAGAGUAAGUACUUAUGUGAUGCAGAACUUCCAUCUUUUUUACCUUACGUAUUUGCCACGACAAUCAGCGACCAUCGAUGUCCAUCCUCCUUAGCGAUUAAUUGAAGGCUCUAAACGAUACACAUAAAACUAUAAACAUGAAAU